AUGAGAAGAUAUUUCUCCAGAUACGGCGACGGGAAUUUCAGCUCCUCCUCCGCCCACUGCGGGACGUUGGGCGGCGGGGACGGGAGAUUCCUGGGGUUUGGGCCGGGAUACGGCAGCAGGAGCCUCCACAACCUCGGGGGCCUCAGGAAUGUCUGUGCCGCCGGAGGAUACGGAGGAGAAGGAGCGGGAUACGGGAGGUUUGGUGGCUGGAGACAACCCGAGAGGGCGUUUUAUGGCAGGGGGUAUUUCACGGGAGCUUUCCCGAGGGGGGACGCGGGGCUGGGAAGCGCCUCCAGGGCCAGCCCGGGCAGGGAAGCGCUCGGGGCGGAGGGACCGGGGGUGGGACAGCCCGGGAUGCUCCGAGGCAUCGAGGAGGUCCACGUGAACCCCGCCCUGUUGAGGCCCCUGGAGCUGCAGGUGGACCCCGAGUUCCAGAGGGUGCGUUCGGACGAGAAGGAGCAGAUCAAGGCCCUCAACAACAAAUUCGCCUCCUUCAUCGACAAGGUGCAGUGUCUGGAGAGGCAGAACCAGGCCCUGCUGGCCAAGUGGCAGCUCCUGCAGCAGCAGAGCUCCGGCCCCGAGGAGAGCAGGAACAUCUCCUCCUUCUUCCAGUCCUACAUCUCCAGCCUCCAGAGGCAGCUCCAGACCCUCCAGAGCCAGAAGGAGCAGCUGGACCCCGAGGCCUACAACAUGCUGCAGCUGGUGGAGGAGUAUAAGAACAGGUUCGAGGACGAGAUCAACAACCGCACGUCCCGGGAGGAGGAAUUUGUGGAGCUGAAAAAGGAAUUGGACAGUGCCUACAUGGGGAAAAUGGAGCUGGAUGUGAGGGUGGAAAUCCUGAAGCAGGAGCUGGAAUUCCUCCGCUGUCUGCACGAAGCUGAGCUGUCCCAGCUGCAGACCCUGGCCGGGGACACGGACGUCGUGCUGUCCCUGGCCCCCGGGCGGGAGCUGGACCUGGACGGGAUCGUGGCCGAGGUGCGCCAGGAGUACGAGGGCAUCGCCCGCCGCAGCUCGGCCCACGUGGACUCCGUGUACCGGGGCAGGUACCAGGACCUGCAGAACACGUGGGAGACCCAACGGGAGCAGCUGAGGAGCAGCCACCGGGAAAUCCAGGAGCUCGCCAGGCACAUCCAGAGGCUCCAGCCGGAGGUUGAGGUCGCCAGGAAAAGGAAUUCCAGCCUGCAGGACUCCAUCCGGGACGCAGAGCUCCGGGGUGGUUCAGCAGUCCAGGAGGGUCGGGAGCAGCUCCGGGAGCUGGAGGAGGCCCUGAGGGAGGCCCGGCAGGAGCUGGCGCGGCUCGUCCGUGACCACCAGGAGCUGCUGGAGGCCAAGGUGGCCCUGGACGUGGAGAUCGCCGUGUACAGGGCACUGCUCGAGGAGGAGGAGCUCAGGAUCCAGGAGGGAUCCCCGGCCACCAUCUGUGUCACCGACCACCAGGCGGGAAUGACCGGAGUCUUCGGAGCGGGACCCGGAGGGAUGAAGGUUAUGGAGGAGGAAAAGGCUCAGGAUACGGAGGAGGAGGAAGUUCUGGAGGUGGCUCCAUCUGUGGAGGAGGAAGUUCAGGUGGUGGUGGCUCCAUAUCUGGGGGUGGAAAAGGCUCAGGAUACGGAGGAGGAGGAAGCUCAGGUGGCUCCAUCUGUGGAGGAGGAAGCUCUGGUGGAGGAGGCUCCAUAUCUGGGGGAGGAAAAGGCUCAGGAUACGGAGGAGGAGGAAGCUCUGGUGGUGGAUCCAUAUCUGGGGGUGGAAAAGGCUCGGGAUAUGGAGGAGGAGGAAGCUCUGGUGGUUCCAUCUGUGGAGGAGGAAGUUCAGGUGGAGGAGGCUCCAUGUCCAAGGGUGGCAGCAGCUCAGGAGGGGGUGGAUCCAUAUCUGGGGGUGGUGGGUCAAGUUAUGGAGGAGGAAAAGGCUCUGGAUACGGAGGAGGAGGAAGCUCAGGUGGUGGAGGCUCCAUAUCUGGGGGUGGAAAAGGCUCAGGAUAUGGAGGAGGAGGAAGCUCUGGUGGAUCCAUCUGUGGAGGAGGAAGCUCUGGUGGAGGCUCCAUAUCUGGGGGUGGAAAAGGCUCGGGAUACGGAGGAGGAGGAAGCUCUGGAGGUGGCUCCAUAUCUGGAGGAGGAAAAGGCUCAGGAUACGGAGGAGGAGGAAGCUCAGGUGGCUCCAUCUGUGGAGGAGGAAGUUCAGGUGGUGGUGGCUCCAUAUCUGGGGGUGGAAAAGGCUCAGGAUACGGAGGAGGAGGAAGCUCAGGUGGCUCCAUCUGUGGAGGAGGAAGCUCUGGUGGUGGAGGCUCCAUAUCUGGGGGUGGAAAAGGCUCGGGAUAUGGAGGAGGAGGAAGCUCUGGUGGCUCCAUCUGUGGAGGAGGAGGUUCUGGUGGUGGAGGCUCGAUGUCCAAAGGUGGCAGCAGCUCAGGAGGGGGUGGAUCCAUAUCUGGGGGUGGUGGGUCAAGUUAUGGAGGAGGAAAAGGCUCAGGAUACGGAGGAGGAGGAAGCUCAGGCGGUGGCUCCAUAUCUGGGGGUGGAAAAGGCUCAGGGUAUGGAGGAGGAGGAAGCUCAGGUGGCUCCAUCUGUGGAGGAGGAAGCUCUGGUGGAGGCUCCAUAUCUGGAGGAGGAAAAGGCUCGGGAUAUGGAGGAGGAGGAAGCUCUGGUGGUGGCUCCAUCUGUGGAGGAGGAAGUUCUGGUGGUGGCUCCAUCUGUGGAGGAGGAAGUUCUGGUGGUGGCUCCAUAUCUGGGGGUGGAAAAGGCUCAGGGUAUGGAGGAGGAGGAAGCUCAGGUGGUGGUGGCUCCAUAUCUGGGGGUGGAAAAGGCUCAGGGUAUGGAGGAGGAGGAAGCUCAAGCAGUGGAGGCUCCAUGUCUGGAGGUGGGCAGAGCUCUGGUGGAGGAUCCAUAUCUAGUGGUGGUGGAUCCAUGUCUGGGGGUGGAAGAGGUUCAGGGUAUGGAAGACAGGGAAGUUCUAGUGGAGGAGGGUCCAUGUCUGGGGGUGGGCAGAGCUCUGGCAGUGGCCGGUGCAGCCCCCAGAGCGGUGGGAUGA